AUGGCCCUGUUUGAGGUGUUGUAUGGUGGGAGGUGUAUGACACCUAUGCGUUGGUAUGAAUCUGGAGAGAGUGAGGUGAUUGGACCUGAGAUUAUGCAACAAACUUCUAAGAAGAUCAAGAUUAUCCAAGAAAAGAUGAAAGCUUCCCAGAGUUUCCAUAAGAGUUACCAUGAUAAAAAGAGGAAAGAACUUGAGUUCCAAGAGGGGGAUCAUGUGUUUUUGAGAGUUACUCCAGUAACAGGUGUUGGUCGAGCUUUAAAGUCUCGAAUGCUCAUGCCAUGUUUUGCUGGUCCAUACCAGAUCUUACAUAGGAUAAGAGAGGUGGCAUAUCGGAUUUCCUUCCCAUUACUGCUUGUAAAUCUUAAUGAUGUGUUUCAUGUGUCUCAGUUACAGAGAUACAUUUCAGAUCAGUCUCAUGUAAUCCAAGUGGAUGAUGUGCAUGUAAGAGAGAACCUGAUUAUUGAGACAUCACCCUUGCGGAUAGAGGAUCGGGAAGUGAAGAAGUUGCAUGGUAAUGAGAUUGCCUUGGUGAAGGUAGUGUGA